AUGGCUGUUGGUGUGAUCAAGAGCAAGCAAAAACUUGCCCCAGAAAAAGAACGUUUUUUACAAUGUUGUUCAGAUAUUACAUUAGAAUUAAUUGAUUCAUUAAAAACAUCUAAAGAAAUAAAUUUAAAUGGAUUAAUUACUAAAAAUUCUAAAAAAUAUAGAUUAAAAGCUCAACCACGUCUUACAGAUGUUAUUAAUUCAAUUCCAGAUCAAUAUAAAAAAUAUUUAUUACCAAAAUUAAAAGCAAAACCUGUUAGAACUGCUUCAGGUGUUGGUGUUGUUGCUGUUAUGUCAAAACCUCAUAGAUGUCCACAUAUUUCAUUUACUGGUAAUAUUUGUGUUUAUUGUCCAGGUGGUCCAGAUUCAGAUUUUGAAUAUUCAACUCAAUCAUAUACAGGUUAUGAACCAACUUCAAUGAGAGCUAUUCGUGCACGUUAUGAUCCAUAUGAACAAGCAAGAGGUCGUAUUGAUCAAUUAAAACAAUUGGGUCAUAGUGUUGAUAAAGUUGAAUAUAUUGUUAUGGGUGGUACUUUUAUGUCAUUAGAUAAAGAAUAUCGUGAAGGUUUUAUUACACAAUUACAUAAUGCAUUAUCUGGAUAUAAUGGUACAGAUAUUGAUGAAGCAAUUUUAUAUUCUCAACAAUCAUUAACAAAAUGUGUUGGUAUUACUAUUGAAACAAGACCUGAUUAUUGUACAAAGACACAUUUAGAUGAUAUGUUAAAAUAUGGUUGUACAAGAUUAGAAAUUGGUGUUCAAAGUGUUUAUGAAGAUGUUGCAAGAGAUACAAAUCGUGGUCAUACUGUAGAAUCUGUUUGUGAAACAUUUGCAAUUGCAAAAGAUGCAGGUUAUAAAAUUGUUAGUCAUAUGAUGCCUGAUUUACCAAAUGUUGGUAUGGAACGUGAUUUAGCUCAAUUUAAAGAAUAUUUUGAAAAUCCAGAUUUUAGAACUGAUGGUUUAAAAAUUUAUCCAACUUUAGUUAUUAGAGGUACUGGACUUUAUGAAUUAUGGAAAACUGGUAGAUAUAAAUCAUAUAAUGCAAAUGCAUUAAUUGAUCUUGUUGCAAGAAUCUUAGCUUUGGUGCCACCAUGGACAAGAAUUUAUCGUGUUCAAAGAGAUAUUCCAAUGCCUUUGGUUUCUUCAGGUGUGGAAAAUGGUAAUUUAAGAGAAUUAGCAUUAGCAAGAAUGAAAGAUUUUGGUACAAAAUGUCGUGAUGUUCGUACAAGAGAAGUCGGUAUUCAAGAAGUUCAUCAUAAAGUUCAACCAGAUCAAGUUGAAUUAAUUAGAAGAGAUUAUUAUGCAAAUGGAGGUUGGGAAACUUUCCUAAGUUAUGAAGAUCCAAAACAAGAUAUUUUAAUUGGUUUAUUAAGAUUAAGAAAAGCAUCUAAAAAACAUACAUAUAGAAAAGAAUUUUUAGGACAAAGAACUUCUAUAGUGAGAGAAUUACAUGUUUAUGGUUCAGUUGUUCCAUUACAUUCUCGUGAUCCAAGAAAAUUCCAACAUCAAGGUUUUGGUACAUUAUUAAUGGAAGAAGCUGAAAGAAUUUCAAGAGAAGAACAUGGAUCUGAAAAAAUUAGUGUUAUUAGUGGUGUUGGUGUUCGUAAUUAUUAUGCUAGAUUAGGUUAUGAAUUAGAUGGACCAUAUAUGUCCAAAAGUUUAUAUUAG